CCGGGGCACCGGGCCCGCCCCGACGCCGCCGUGUCCGCGGCCGGGGCCGCCAUGUCGGGGCCGGGGCCGUGUGCGGGGCCGGGGCGGGCCGGGGAGGCGGACAGGACGCUGUUCGUGGGCAACCUGGAGAGCCGAGUGCGGGAGGAGAUCCUCUACGAGCUCUUCCUGCAGGCUGGACCGUUAACCAAAGUGACAAUUUGUAAGGACAAAGAAGGAAAGCCGAAGUCUUUUGGAUUUGUCUGCUUUAAGCACAAAGAAUCUGUGCCUUACGCGAUUGCUUUGCUGAAUGGAAUCCGUUUAUAUGGAAGACCAAUUAAAGUACGGUAUCGUUUUGGGAGUUCGCACUCAUCAGAACUAAACAGCCCGACACAUGGUUUCGAGAACUAUGUUGACUUAUAUUCACCUUCAUAUAGGUAUCAAGAACCUUAUGGAAAUGCUCCAUUUCCUGUUACUCCCUUUCCAAUGAACAGUAGUUUACCUCAGGAAUACUCAGUCUUUCAAAAGAUGAUGAACCACUUUUUAGCACAGCAGUAUACAGUUCACAGCCCAGUGGGUCAACAAUUUCCUUACUAUCAGAUGACUCCGCCACUGCCUUCAAAUUUAUCCGUUCCUCCUUAUCAGAAUCAAGCUGCAAAUUUUAAGUCUGGACAGAGUUCCUUUGAAUUGGCCUUGCCACAUUCAAGUGAUUGUGAAGUGUACCAGGUGAAUGAAAGUACUUCUAAAAGAAAGAGAGAACAGCAAAGCUGUGACAGUGACACUAGUACUGAAGAUGACCAAAUGAAACAAAGAGAGUGUGACCAAAAAUACAAGAAGUGCAAAGCCACGAAAAAGAGGCAUUAAUACUGUGUAACUAGGUUAAUUUUUUAACUAUAUUUGCUAUUUUUACUUAAGAGAAAUUCUCUCAUUGUUGCACUUUAUUAAAAAAGGAAUGCUCAAGAUUCAUAUUAAUUUUGAAAUGUAUUGUGCGUAAAUUAUGCUGAUAUACUUUAACCUCAACCAAAUUACUUUCUUUAAAGUAUGGAAAACAUUUAAAAAGUUAAAAUUUUCCUUUUGAAGGAAAAAGUAGCUAGUUUUGUUUUUGUUUUCUAUGAAUUGUGAAAGACAAUUAUUUCACUACUGUAGAAACUUUAUGAAAAUAUGUAAUUUCAGCCACUUAUAAAGCAUAUGUAUCAUUUCUGUGAUUUAUGGAGUUUAUUUUUAGGACUGAUGUAAGAACUUUCUGGAGCAAUUGAACUGAGCAGGCUAGAAAUUCUAGGCAUCAGACUAGAGAUGUGCUUGUCACAUCAACACCUAUAACUUCUACUCUUUUCUGAUUUAGCUCUGCUGUUAUGUUCUAGUAGGAUCACUGUGUGUACUUACUGGAACUGUGGUGUGUUUUUUUCCCCCCACAGUAUUAAAUGUGAGGUAAAAUUUGGGCAUUUGCACUAACCACAAGACUUAUAUAAUGUGUCAAUACUUGAAUGUAUGUACUUUAUGGCCACAAUGUGUACUGACUAGAACUAUAUACACAUUUAUAUAUGUGUAUUUCUAUGAACUUACUCUCUAGUUAUUUAUUUACUUAUUUGAGACUCUUGUUACAAUUCGUUAAUUGUAACAAAUAGAUAAAAAAACAUAACAGAGUAUCUCCAUUAUACCUAAUUUGUACUAUAAAAGUCAACUGAGUUAAUAGUGCCUCUUAAGAAGAAAAGUUCCUACCUUGUUUGUGGAGGAAGAAUAAAUCUCAUACAAUGGUGAAUCAAAA